UCGAUUCUCAUUUGGUUUCUGUUCUUCGCCAAGCAAUGUCCACAAAAUCCUGUUGCCACGGACCGGGUUACGCAACCCCCCUGGAUGCCAUGAGGAGUGGCCCCCGGGAGAAGCUCCUCUACACUGUCACCGUCCAGCCCAAUCUGGAUGAGCCCCACGGCGACUAUCUGUCCACAGUCGAUGUGGAUCCAGAGAGCCCCACCUACUGUCAGAUUGUUCAUCGCACAUUUACAAAUCGAAAGGGCGAUGAACUGCAUCACUCUGGUUGGAACGCCUGUUCGAGUUGCUAUAUCGUGGACGAGAAAGCUGAUAAAAUUCCCAAGAGAAACCGUUUAAUUCUACCAUCUCUGAAUUCCGACUUUAUCUAUAUCCUCGAUGUGGUGAAGGAUCCACGCAAGCCGGAAAUCGUUAAAGUUAUUGACGGCGAUGUGCUAAAAAGCCACAAUGUUACGGGCCCUCAUACCACCCAUUGUUUGGCCAACGGAAAUAUCAUGAUAUCGGUGAUGGGCGAUGCCGAAGGAUAUGCCAAGGGCGAAUUUAUCCUUUUCGACUCCGAGUUCAAUUGCAUUGGCACCUGGACUAAGGGCGAGAAGAAGGCUUUGUGCGGCUAUGACUUUUGGUAUCAACCGUAUUUCGAUGUCAUGGUGUCAUCCGAGUGGGGAGCUCCCAACAAAUGGCGACGGGGAUGGCAGACAAAAGACCUCGAUGACAUGACCCAGUAUGGCUGUCGUCUCAACUUCUACAAGUGGUCCACACAGACCCUUUACCAGACCAUCGAUCUAGGAUCGGAUGGAAUAACUCCUUUGGAGAUCCGGUUUCUGCACAAUCCCAAACGAGCUGAAGGAUUUGUUGGCUGUGCUUUGAAUGCCAAAGUAUUCUAUUUCAAGAAAAAGGACAAUUCCGAUGAGUUCGAGGCCAAGAAGGUGAUUGACAUUCCCGAGAAAUUGGUCGACACCGGCAGUGGAAAGGCGGAAAGUAUGGGUGGAAUGAUAUCGGAUAUUAUCAUAUCCCUGGACGAUCGAUUCCUGUAUGUGAACUGCUGGCGUCAUGGAGAUGUUCGGCAAUACGAUAUUACCGAUCCUGAGAAUCCAAAACUCACGGGUCAGUUGUUUUUGGGAGGCGCCAUAGCCAGUGAUUUGCCCAAUGUGGUUGUCAAGGAAGAUAAGGAACUUAAGGAAAGACCACCAGCACGUUAUGUCAAGGGGCGCCGUUUGGAAGGCGGUCCCCAAAUGAUGCAGCUCUCCUUGGAUGGAAAACGAUUGUAUGUUUCAUCAUCUCUUUACUCCCCUUGGGAUAAGCAGUUUUAUCCCAAAAUGGUGUCUAAGGGAGGUCACAUUGUCUUGAUCGAUGUGGAUACUGUGAACGGUGGCUUUGCUCUCAAUGAAGACUUCCUGGUGGACUUUGGCAAUGAACCCUAUGGACCUGGUCUGCCUCAUGAAAUGCGUUACCCUGGUGGUGAUUGCACUUCUGACAUAUGGCUCGCCAACGAUGCCUAA